UUUUCCGGUUACAAUAAUUCAGCCCCGCUUUUUCCUGCGCAUGUUCUAUCAUGGCGCAGGGGCAGCGCAAGUUCCAGGCGCAGAAGCCAGCCAAGAGCAAGGCGGCGGCGGCGGCCUCGGAGCGCAACCGGGGCCCGAGGAAGGGAGGUCGUGUUAUCGCCCCCAAGAAGGCGCGCAUUGUGCAACAGCGAAAGCUCAAGAAGGACCUGGAGGUCGGGAUCCGGAAGAAGAUUGAACAUGAUGUGGUGAUGAAAGCCAGCACCAGCCUGCCCAAGAAGCUGGCGCUGCUGAAAGCCCCCGCCAAGAAGAAGUAGGCAGCCUCUUCCUCCACCAAGACACGUUCCCACGGACGCAGCCCCUGCCUCCAUGCUCAGACCUCUGCAGGGGACUCCACAGGCAGCACCGCGGGCAGAAGGAGCCCUGCUCCCCAGAGCCUUGGGUUGCAGCUCGAACUUCGGACUGGGGGGCAGGGCGGGGGGGCCUGGCCUGUGAGCAGGUGACAGCACAUCUGUAGUGCAUGGGUCAGUUUCCCAGGGUGCCAAGAAUUCAGCAGUGGCCUUGAGGAAAUGUUCAACAUUCUGUACCGUCCCCCCUCACUUCCUUUGUCCACUGGUUUCAUCAGAGCAAUAAACCUGCCUUUGUCCUUCCCCUCGCAGUCACAUGCUCUGUGAGCAGGCCAGGGCCAGAGGCCAGCCGCACUGACCUGGUCAGCCUCGGCAAUGUCUUCAGGAGCCACCUACUCGGGGAGGGGUGAUUGAGCUUCUGCACGUCCAUCCUGGGAGCUUAUGGAGAAUCUUCCCUCCAGCCCCAGGUGACUCACCAGCCUCCUUACCUGCCUAGGUCGCCCCCUCUGCCCGGUACAAGCCAGGAGAUAUGGGGAGCCAUUUUCCCAUCUGUAGGACAGGUGUUGAUUAAACCAGAAUGCACUUAUGAACUGCUCAAAGCCACCUCUAUCUAUUAAAAUAAAGUCAAAAUGUCGGGUAUGUCUAUGGCUUGUGCUUUCUGCACAUCACUUCAUCCCAAGUUGGGUUGGGUUAACACUCCAGAGCCAGCACUUGAACCCACCACUGGCUGAGUCCCAAUAUGUACUCAGCUGACCGUCCCACACCAAGAUUUUCUUCAGUUUCAUUCUGAGCACCCCCUUCCCCAAAUCCUCACUCGAGCCUGCUAGACUGGACGAUGCCUGUGGAGUCAGCCGGGAGCUCUGGCCUGGUGACCACCCUUCACUCCCUCCGUUGGGGGUGAGCGGUAGGUCUCAGCACAGUGACCAGCCUGGGCCCAAGGAAACUCCAAACUGGAAAGUCUCCUUCAAUUCAGGCUCUGCUACUACAGCUCUCAAUUUUUUGAGAUGUAAAGUAGGGUUUUUGUGUGUGUGAAAUUGCUCUCCCGGCUUCUGUGUAUGUGUGUGUGGUUAAAACAUAAAAGUGACAUUAAAAAGUUUACAAUUCA